AUGAAGUGCUCACCGAAGCAGCUAGCUGCAGUACUUCUCUUAGUUCUUGCGUCCGCCAUGAUCGUCACUGCCCAGAACACGGUGCAGGAUAUGUUGGACGCCCACAACACUGUGCGCGCCAGCGUAGGUGUGCCACCGGUGGUGUGGGAUGACACGGUGGCGACGUACGCGGAUGCGUUCGCGGAGAAACGCCGCGCCGACUGCCUUUUUGAAUUCUCUCCACUGGGCCGCCCAUACGGAGAGAACGUCUUCGUGGGAACCGGUUCCGAAUGGAAUUAUGUGGACGCCCUGAACUGGUGGGUAGCGGAGAAGCAGUACUACGACCACGCCACCAACACCUGCUCCGCGCCUCCUGGUAAGUCAUGCGAUGCAUACAAGCAGGUGGUGUGGAGGGACACAACGGCCAUAGGGUGCCAAGGUCUCGUCUGUGAUGGCAACGCUGGCGUCUAUGUCAUAUGCGACUACAGCCCGCCGGGCAACGUGGUGGGGCAGACUCCAUAUUAG